AUGGCCACCAUCAACGUCAAAGUCAUAUCAGACCCUGUCUGCCCCUUUUGCUAUCUUGGCAAAGCCCGUCUCAACAAGGCGAUAGACCUGUACAAAAAGACCUACCCCGGCGGCAAGGACGACACCUUCAACGUGACAUGGCAAGCCUACUACCUCGACCCGACGGCGCCUCCCAAAGGUGUGCCCGUCAACGAGCGCAUGGCGGCGCGCUUCGGCGCCGACCGUCUGGAGAUGAUGCACUCGCGCAUGAAGAAGCUGGGCGCGGCCGAGGGCUUCAAUUUUACAUUUGGCGGCAAGGUUGGUCACACACGUGACGCGCACCGGACGAUCCAGCUGGCCAAGUCCAAGGGCCCCGAGAUUGAGAACGCGGUGGUGGACUCGAUUAUGAAGAGUUACUUUGAGGAGGACGGCGACGUGACGAGCUGGGACAUGAUUGCCGACGCGGCGGUGCGGGGUGGGCUUGAGAGGGGGGAGGUGAGGACGUGGCUUGAGGAGGGCAAGGGCGGGAAGGAGGUUGAUGCGCAGGUUGAGGACGCGUAUCGGAUGGGCGUCAGGGGGGUGCCGCACUUUGUGAUUAAUGACAAGUACGAGGUUGGCGGUGCGCAGGAGGUGGGCGAAUUUUUGGGACAGAUUGUUGCGGCGAGGGAGAAGGGUGGUCGGGCGGCGGGUGGACAGGACGGGCUAUCAUGUUGA